AUGUGGGAGGCAGAAGAAAUUAAUCUUACCUUGAAAAUCUCCCUGGUUUUCACACAGAAGUGAGCGGUGCUGGCCACACCUUGCCUUUCAGUGCAAGGGCAGGGAGUGUGCUCUGACUCAGGCAGGAGGGAGUAUUCACGUUGCCUUGCAGGCCAAGCGGAGAGAAAGGAAUUUGCUCGACUGUGCUGGGAAGACUUUGAGAAACUCAUCUUUCACCCGGUUAUCGAGAACCUGAAACAAAUUUCUCUUUCCGGCACCACUCAACCCGUGGACUACGGAUUUGUCUUCCCGAUGGGCGGCCCCAGCUGGCUGGGUGCUGUGCUUUUCCUUGGGGUACAGCUCCGAGCACUGUGGCCUGCGGCAGCCGUGCAAGUUCACACUUCCAAGGAGGUGGAUGCUGUGAACGGCACUGACGUGCGGUUAAAAUGCACCUUUUCCACCAGCAGCCCUAUUAGCCAGAGCCUGUCGGUGACCUGGAACUUCCAGCCUGAGGACCUGAGCUCUCAUGAGCCAGUAUUUUAUUACCUGAAGGAGCCGUACAAGCUGUCUCCUGGACGGUUUAAAGGGCGAGUCACCUGGGAUGGGAAUAUUGAGCGUAAUGAUGCUUCCAUCAUUAUCUGGAAUUUGCAGCCCACUGACAAUGGGACAUUCACCUGCCAGGUGAAGAACCCACCAGAUGUUAAUGGCAAAAUUGGUGAAGUGCGGCUUAGAGUUGUGCAGAAAGUGCAUUUCUCAGAAAUCCACUUCCUGGCGGUGACCAUUGGCUCUGCUUGUGUUCUAAUGAUCAUUGUGGUGACAGUUGUGAUCAUCUAUCGACACCAUCGGAAGAAAGCACAAGAGAAGAGGACUGAGGUGGCAGACACUGAAUUUAGUAGAGAAAAGGAGAACCUCAAGAUUAGAGAAGAAAAGGAAGCCAGUCCAUUAGAAGACUAGAGGUCUUCGAUGGUAUAUACAAUGCAGGUACUUCUAAAUCAGGUGGUGAAAGCUUGUAAUCUCAGAUGUUAGAACAAAGCUGAAUUACAGACGCCUCAUGCCGCAAGUGUGCUAUCCCUGCUCAACCUGAAAUUCUUGCAAGGAAAGAGGAUGACAUUAACAUAAGUUGUAAAUUUCCUUCACUGAGGCAAAGCAGGAGGAACUUGCCCACAAACAAGGAACUUUCCUCAAUCUUCACACCUGCAGAAUAUGAAGAAAGCUGCUCUGAAGAUGAAAAAAUGCUGAAAGAUUUGAACAAAAUGCCAAGAUAGCUGACCGAACAGAGAUUUUCAAAGUGUCUGAGCACACUCUUGCACCUUAAAAAUUGCAAGGUGCAUUUGUGUUGCCCUAUUUUUCCUCCCUCAAAAUCCUCUUUGACAUCACAAAAAAGCAGACUGACUCCAUGAGGGAUCAGAAAAGCCGUUGCUAUGACAUACUUUAAACCUCUUUGCUACUGUAAAUGGGGAGUGUUACAGUUCAGGAACGUAUGCUGUUUCUUAUUAGGGAUAACAUUUACCAGCGGGUGCGCUUUUCAUAUUGAACUCUUGCAGCUUCAGUAGGCUUUGUAACGACGGUAGCUGAGGACACUGCCUUCUGCUGUGGCUCAGCUCCCCUCCUUUUCCCACGGCCACUCUGCCAGUACACCCCAACGCUGACCUCCUUUCCCCUCAUCUCCCACCUUCCCUCUGAGGGAGCGCACCACUGCCAGGCAGUUCGCUGCUCUCCCCCGCUCAGCGGCCUUACGCGCACCGUUGCAGGGGCCCCGAAACUUUGGCUGGCAGCGGCUGCUGCGAUUCAGGCUCAGAGACUGCCCUGAGCGGGCGAUGCUCCGGUGCGCUGUCCCGCUGCCACCGGUGCGGUAGCAGCCUUCAACCCCUGCUAGCAGGGUAUCAGGCUUCCAACAGCAGCAGCAAUAUCGGGCUUUCUCCGAGUGCCGUUUAUCGCCCAGGUGACCUGCGGCACACCUCGCCCCUGCAUUCGAUGCGCUCACCAACAUAUGCCCUGUACUUGCAUAGACUUAUUCGCUCUAAGGCAAACGAAGCCUCAAACCUUUGAAACUGCUGAGCUGUUAAUGUACUUAACCAGCACCAAAUCAAAACAGCUGCCCACUUGUUUAAAGAGUAUCUUCAUGACUUUAUAACCCUUCCUGUAAUGUGCGGGCCACAUUAUCCAUUUGUAUGUUGUCGUUUUCGAUCGCAUGUGUCAUAAAUAAACACGCCUUGUGGA